UCAAUCCUUGAUUCAACCCUUGAUAUCUCUGCCAUGGCACUUUUGCAUUUUCUUCUCGUUUCGGUUUUGAUCUGUGUAGUCUUAGGCACAGAUGCUGCAGUAUUUACCGUGCAAAACAAAUGUAAGGAAACAAUAUGGCCGGGGAUUGUAACCGGGGAAGGGAGACCUCAACUCAAUAGUGGAGGGCUUACAUUGAAUCCAGGACAAUUCGUUCACAUUAAUGCACCAACCGGGUGGUCUGGCCGAUUUUGGGCACGUACUGGCUGCACAUUUGAUCCCUCGGGCAAGGGAAAGUGCAUCACCGGUGACUGUGGUGGUGUUCUCAACUGCGCGGGGGCAGCAGGUGUACCACCUGUAUCACUGGCAGAGUUUACACUUAAUAGUCCAAUGGAUUUUUAUGAUGUUAGUCUUGUUGAUGGGUACAAUUUACCAAUUUCUGUAAUCCCGUUUCGCGGUACUGGUGAUAAAUGCAAGGCUGUUAAGUGUGUUUCGGACUUGAAUCAAAAGUGCCCCAUAGAGUUACAACAGGUAGAGAAUGGCAAAGUGGUGGCAUGUAGAAGUGCAUGCUUAGCGUUCAAUAAGCCAGAAUUUUGUUGCACUGGUUAUUUUGGAAGCCCCGCUACAUGCAAACCGUCGGAGUUCUCCAAAAUAUUCAAGGAAUCUUGUCCGAUGGCUUACAGUUAUGCCUAUGAUGAUCAGACUAGUACCUUCACCUGCAAUAGAGGCGAUUACUUGAUUCGCUUUUGUUGA